CUUUCUUUCUCCCAGAUUAUAUAUAUAUAGGAUUCCAUAUCGAGUCGACACUCGACAGAGAACCAAAACCAAUCUUGGAUUCUUGAGAACCAAAUCUUUAGAGCCGUAAUACUCUCGCAAAAUUUUCUUCUUCUUCUUCUUCUUCUUCUUCUUCUCCGGCAAGAACCCGAAUUGGUACAUUUCUUGGACACUUGGAGACGCAUCCUCAGGCGCAGCAAUUCAGGCCAAGAACCUAUUUUCCGCCGACCCAGGUUCCGUUCUUUCCACCACCGGAAAUGCAAAUGUAUCAUCCAAUGAUGUCCAACUACAAUGAGACCAUGUACUACCAAUACCAGUGGCUGCCUCAACCAGUACCACCGUCGACGCUUCCCCUGCCUUUAGCGACGCCCACUAGAACUCUCCUUCUCUGUACGGUGCCCACGCACGUGAGUGAAACGACGAUCCGUACAGAUUUACAAGUGUUUGGGGAGGUGAAGUCGGUUGAGAUGGAGAGGUUGCAGGAAGGAAUUGUUACUGUUCACUUCUAUGAUCUGAGGCAUUCGGCGACGGCGUUGGCGGCGAUACAGAAUCGACACAUACAGCAGCAGUACAGGAUGAGGCUACAUUAUGCCGCUUUAGGGUCACUGAAUUUUCCGCCACCGUUGCCUCCAUUGGCUGAUGGCCUUGUCGCUGGUUGUGCUAUCUGGGCUCAAUUUUAUGUUCCUAGGACUUCCGCCGGCAGUAAUCAAGGAAUCCUUAUGGUUCGUUACUUGGAUCCGGUGGUCUCUUCCAGUGGAGUACUUGAAAUUUUUGAAUCUUAUGGGGCUGUGAAGGAACUGAGAGAAGCGCCAUUGCAGAGGCACCGUUGGUUCGUGGAGUUCUUUGAUAUCAGAGAUGCGGCUGCUGCUUUUUUGGGAUUGAAUGGCAAAAGAAUUCUCAGGAAGCAUUUAAAAAUUUCGUUCAUUACUUUCCCAGACGGCCAUGGCAGAAUGUAAUUCAACUCAACCCCUCUGCUUUAACUACUUCAUACGUUAAAGCAAUAUGAACCGUAGAGAUUGGUUCUUCAUAUAAGUUUUAAUUUGCUUUUGGUCCGGUAUAUGUGUAAAACUGAUUCAACUCAAUCAAAAUCAGACCAGACCAAUCAAUUGUCACUA